AUGGAUUAAAUUAAAGUUAAGCAUUCACCUGUUAAUCAAUUCUAAAUUUCAGAUAACGAAUUCCCUCUUUCCUUGUAAUUAAUCAAUGAUACUGUGUUAAUGGCCAUGACUGACUUUUCAUUAAAAUGGAUUGAUUUAAAUACUCAAUAAGUUAUUUGGGAAUUAAAGAAUCAUCAUUAAAAAAGAAUAUAAUAAUUGAUAGUAGAAAACAAUGUAGCAUUCACUUGUUCUAAUGAUAGAACAAUUAAAGUUUUUGAUUUACAAUCUAAAAAAUAAAUUCAUUAAUUUAAGAACGAAAAAGAAUUUUAUUCAAUUGCUAAAUCUAAACAUAUUUUAGCAGGUGGAAGCGAGGGUAGAAUUGAUUUUUAUGAUCUCAAUGCUAUGAAAUGGAGGUCUAGAUUUGAUUCAUCCUAAAAUGAUGAAUUAUCUUCAUUGAAUUUCCAUCCUUAAGAUUAAACGCAACUUUUAUGA